GUAUUAGAUAACUAGUCAGUUUUCUUGUGUUGUCACCUGGAAUUAGAGCAUCGCUGCCAGCCCGGAAGAAUUCGAGAAAUAUGGGCAAGGGCAGCUCGAUCAUUGCCGAAGACUACUUCUCAGAUAGACCCUGGGAAAUCGAAGUGGGUAAGAUGAGCAACACGGAAUUGUUAUCCAGAUGGAUUUCCCACGUGCGCAGAAAAAAGAGGAGGACCGACUCCAGGUGCAAUUUCCGUAAGCGAGCCAUGCUGACCUACGCGGCGAACUCGGCGGAAGUCGAGCUGCGGACGAUGCAAUUGUCGAGGUUACGUCGUUGGAAGACGCUCAGAAAGGAGCUCCUCAAGGGCAUCGACUACGGCAGUUGCUGCGCAUUCAAUAUGGCGGAGCAGGAGCAGCUCGAGAGAACAAAGCGGUCCGUCAAUAUGAAGAACGUGUGGCAGCAGAAGGACAAGGAUCUCCUUUCUCUGGACAAUUUCUUGCAGAAACUCUGUUCGAGUUCGCAGGCGAAGCGACCUGGCAACGCGACAUCGGGGAGUCAAGCAAGUGGAACCUAACAGCGGAAACUGGAAAAGCUGUUUGGUCUUCCAAUCGUUACGGUGACCAUUAUGGCGACCAUUAUGGCUACUGGACCAAAAGAUCUCGCUCUACUACUAGCGACCUCUGCACGUUUCCACUGAAACCAAAGUUCCACAAGGGUCCAAAAAGUUCCUGUGAUAAGCACUGUGAUAAGAUAUUCAGCUCUAGCUUUACUAGUCACUCGAUGGAGCUGAAAUAUCUGAAUAUAUCGAAAGUUCCUGAUUCAAGAAGAGAGAAGAAAGAAGAUUGCACUGCCAACAUCAUCAUCCUAUAUAGGAAUUCACAAGUUCCAGACAAUGUUUUGCAGCAUCACGGCAAUCUUUCCGACGACAUCGUUACUUGGUAUACAUUAGGAUAUUUUUUACUUGCAGUCUCACCAGUGAGAUGGAAGGAUGAUACAUGUGGAUGAAGAGAGAAAAAGAAAUAAGGGUUAGAGAUAACUCUCCGUGAUGCAAGAUGCCAUACUUCGGGACUUUCACUCGCAAGGAGCCUCAUACACUCCGAUUCUCGUAUUCCUGUUCUGUCAUCAAUAUGGUUCGUAAACUGUAAAGAAACAAGUCCUUUUUUUGUUUGUUUUUUUUGGACUUUGCUAAUCAAACCAUAUUUGAGAUAGGAGUAUUGUAAAAAUCAUGUCAUACAAUUCUUAACCAAAUUUUUCAUCUCUAUCCGUUAGAAUAUUUUAGGAGAAAAUAAUUUUACUUUUUAUUAAAAUAUUUUAGCUUAGCUUAAUCGUAAGAUAAAGGGCAAGACGUGUACUUGAAUAUAGCCAAGAAUAUUGCCUUACAUUGUGAUAUUAAUCUGUAAUAUUCCAUUAGUAUACAGCAAUUAUGCUUUCUUGGGGCUAAACAACAUAAUUGCAGUUCAGUAAAUCAGGAGAAUUUUUCACAAGACUGUUUUACUUUAUUAAAUUAUUUUAUUAAUAGUGAAGCAAACAUUGCAUCUUUCCAAGACUGCUCUUUGAUACUUCCGAGGCACUUUAUGUUGUUUAGGAUUGAGAUCUCAAAAUUGAUAUUUUUUUAUACCUUUUUUUAAUAUCUCUUGAUUAUAGAAAACCAUUCCAAAGUCAUCGUAAGUUGUGAUACUUUUUAUAUGUAUUUAGUAUGGUUAAGUGUAUAAUUGUGACAAUCUAGGUGAAAUAAAAUUGUCUACAGGAAUACAGAAGAAAUAAACAUAUUUUUGCAAG